CAAAGUGUCGUGCAGAACGUUAUUUCAACGCCAGUUGAGUUUUAGAAUUGUCAAUAUUUUUGAAUGUUUUUUCUUUACAAUAGUAUGAUCGCCCAUAUCGCCGAGUAACUUGUCAAUUUGGAAUUGUUCAAUUUUUGUGUUAAUCAUUGGACCGUUGCCAUAAUUUGGAGACGUCAGUAAAAUUUCGUUACCUUUUGUGAUUGUUUUAAGUGUUGUAGUUCUCGUAAUCAGCUGUUUGUCCUCUUACGUGUAGACCAAGUGCUGGAGAGGAUUCCGAGAGGCAGAAAGUUAUCUUUGACGUCCAAUGGAAUGGCUAAUCUUGCUGAAACCUUCCGCUCCCACUGGCUUAUAUCAAUAUUUGGCAUAGUCCUCUUUAUAGCCGGCUCGGCGAUACUCUAUUGGAAUGAGGGACACGCUGUACAUAUGAUGCUGGCCCUGGAUGAGGUAUAUGCCGACAUCUAUUCCAUGCAAUUCACGAGCGAAGAGCUGGAUCAAAGUUUUGAGCAGCGUAUUAUUCAUAUAUCGGGAGGAAUUCUAAUAGGUGAACCGCUAACCGAGCCGGACUAUAAUAUCCAAUUGAUGGCAGUAAAGCUGAAAAGACGUGUGCAAAUGUAUCAAUGGGUAGAGGAGACCAUAGAGCAUAAUUUUGGUGAGAGCUCCCAAGGGGAGACACGUACUUAUCAUUAUUCUCGUGAAUGGCGGGAUAAAUUAGUAGAUUCGCGCAACUUUUACAAUCGCCAUGGUCACACAAAUCCUUCGAGUUUUCCCAUCGAAAGUCAUGUUCAGAUAGCCGAUGCCGUCUAUAUAGGCAAAUAUGAAUUGGGCACAGAAGUGAAGGAGAAAUUUAGCAACUAUCGUGAGCUAACCUCCGAUAUUAGGCCAGAAGACUCGAGCAUUAAGCUCCAUUUGGGUCUCUAUUAUCAUACAAAUGAUGUGUUCAAUCCGGAAGUUGGUGAUUUGCGUAUACUCUUCAGUUUUGCCGGCAUGGAAGGUGAAAUAUUUAGUGUUGUGGGCAAACUGGAGGGCAACAAAGUAGUGCCAUAUAUCACAUCGCGUGGUACAUCGAUUUUAUUGAUAUAUCCGGGUGGAUUAAGUGCCACCGAGGUAUUUAAAUUGGAGUCACGUGCCCAGGUAUUAAAUACUUGGUAUUGGCGUUUCAUUGGCUGGUUACUCAUCUUCUUUGGUGUCUCUUGUAACUCUAAAAUCUUAAGAAUAUUGUUUCUUGAUGUUCCUUUACUCAUAAAUCUGGCACCUGAUUCUCAGUAUCCGAUGACAGGAAAUUUUCUAAUUGCCUUCUCAUUGGCUUUAACCAUAGCCGCUGUAGCUUGGAUUCUGCAUCGUCCUGUGAUUGGUGCUUGCCUCUUUCUGGCUGGUGCUUCGCCCUAUGUUUGGUUCACCCGGAAUUUGGUGGAAUAUCAGCGAGUGGAUUAGCUAGCAUCUUGUUUGUUUGAUAUAAACAUUAUUAUUAUUAUUUAUUUCUUUUGUGUGUCGAGUGUCAUAACAAA